UUGUACACUCGUUUUUGGGUAUAAGAAAAGGGCUUGAUCCACAAAACGCCACACACCCAAAGGGAAUUUGGUUAGGUAUAUUUGUCUGUGACGAUGGCGGUCGCUGCCGGGGAGGUUUUCGCUUCUGGGUCUCAGGAGUUGCAUGUUCUUGCCGUGGAUGACAGCAACGCCGAUGGAAAGAUCAUUGAGAGAUUGCUGAAGAUAUCAUCUUGUAAAGCGACGGCUGUGGAGAGUGGAAUAAGAGCCUUGCAGUUUCUGGGAUUGGAUGGAGAGAAACACUCGGGGUACAAUGUGAAUCUGAUAAUGACUGACUAUUCCAUGCCUGGAAUGACAGGAUAUGAGCUUCUGAAAAAGAUCAAGGAGUCAUCUGCUUGCAGACAAAUACCUGUGGUGAUCAUGUCUUCUGAGAACAUCCUGACUCGCAUUGAUAGGUAUUUUUUCAAUUCGAUCAUUUUUCUUUUGCAUCGUGUUUGAUAUUGAAGGAUUAUCAUAUAAAUGUGAUGGGAGUGAUCAGCUCAAGAUCAUCUUGAUUUCUGUAUGUUGUUAAUCGAAUAAAAUCUGAAAAGGAUA